AUGAGGGCCUCUACAGGAUCUUGCAUCUCCUGGCGGUGGUAUGCUGCCAUUGGAGCUUUACUACCGGGCUGUAUUGUGAAUGCUAGCCCGGCUGUGAACGUGGCGCUCCAAGCCUCCUUUGACUCGGCCCCAUACCUCGUCGAGCUCUUGGAAUCUGCCGCCGAAGAAAACGCGACCUCCUACUUCCCUUUGCUGGAUCGCAUCGCCGACGGCACCUUCGAGGACCUCACCACCGAGAAGGAACUCUACGACCGUUUCUUGACCGUCGUCCAGGACGAUGGCCAUUUGCGAAGCUCUGAGAGCCUUUCGUCCUUCAAGUUGUCGCUCUCGGUCCGAUCUUCGGCGCCGCGAAUUGAAGCCCACUACCAAUUCUACAACACAUCCGUCCAGCAGUCGUUGAUGGUUGCUCAAGAUGCAGUUUGUCCGGUCUGGGUCCACUCAGAGGGCAAGCAGUAUUGCUCUUCUGCAAUGGAGCGCGCACAACAAGAUAUUGAUGGGGAUUUAGAUCCUAGAGAACUACCCUUUGACCGCGUACUGGGCGAUGAGACACUCCCCCCAACUGUCUUAUACGCAGAUAUUUCCUCCCCAACGUUCAAGGAUUUCCAUGAAACUUUGACCAACAUGGCCAAAGAGGGACAGAUCUCGUAUCGGGUGCGGUACCGACCUCCUCAGCACUGGAUUCCCCGUCCAUUGUUCGUGUCUGGAUACGGCGUGGAGCUUGCUUUGAAGAGAACGGAUUACAUUGUAAUCGAUGACCGUGAUGCCGAGAAGCUUGAGCCAGCGGGUGACCCGGUCAAGGAAGAAGCCCCGGAUGACCUCCGGCCUCUGUCUGCCUCAGAAGUGACCCGCUUAGGCUUGAACUCUGCGGCGUACGUUAUGGACAGCGCUGAUCCUCUGGAAACGUUGAUCAAAAUGUCUCAGAAUUUCCCCAAGUAUUCCUCCAUCGUAGCCUCCCACGACCACUCAGGAGAAAUGACCCAAGAAAUCCGGCAUAACCGAGUGAAGAUGCUACCAGGCGGGUACAAUGCCAUGUGGAUCAACGGUGUACAGAUGGACUCAGGCCAGAUCGAUGCAUUCUCCCUGCUCGAGCAUCUGCGCCGGGAGAGAAAAUUGAUUGAUAAAUUCCGCGAUCUGGGUCUCUCAGCCAACGAUGCCGUAAAGCUGCUGUCUCAUCGCCUCCUCACCGAAGCCCAGGCUGGCGGGGAGGAGCAACGGUAUGAUUAUCGGGACGACAUGGAAGAGAACCAGGCCAUUAUCUGGAUGAACAAUCUGGAACAAGAUUCUAGAUAUGAGACCUGGCCGAGUGACCUCGAGGCGUACAUUUCCAGCGUCCAUCCUGGACAGCUGCCUCCAGUCAGACGAGACCUGCACAACGUUGUGGCGCCUGUGGACUUGUCUAACCCAGAAGACAUGAUGCUUGUCGCUGGUAACCUCCAAAUGUUCAUCAAUCGAGGAAUUCCCGUAAAGUUCGGCCUGGUACCGACCAGCUCAUCAUCAGAGUCCAUUGCACAGCUCAAGGUAGCACACUAUCUGUUUGAUGCCUAUGGCCUGGAGUCACUCAUGCAAUACUUUGAAGAGUUUGCCUCCAAGGGCAAACGAGGAUUCCCAGACAAGUCAUGCUUCCAGUCUGCGACAAAGGAGCGCGCCGUCGUUGGUAGCCAUGAAUCAUUGUCUCUCGAUCAAGUCUUGAAGAGCGAGAAGUACAGUGCGCUAGUACCUUACACAAUUGCGUACCAGCGCCGCUUGAGUCUCAGCGGCGAUGUGCCUCAUUUAUUGGUCAACGGUAUUCCGGUCUCCCGUGAAGGAAACUGGAUGCAAGGACUAAGCAUGCAGAUCAGCAGAGACCUGAAGUUGAUCCAACAGGGCAUUGUACAAGGUGUCUUUGAGGAAGAUGCCUGGCUUCCUGAGUUCUUCUUAGCUGGCGCAUUCGAGCGACGCAAUACAUUCCUCAUGCCCGAAGAUCCCAAGAGUGUCCAGAUAGUGGAUAUUGCUAACAUACUUGGAUCGAACAAAGAUGCACUGAGCACGCUUCCUCGCAUUCCCUCGGACCGGAGUGCUCUAAAGAGCGUUCAUAUGAUCGUCGUGGGAAACUUCGAGUCGGAAGAAGGCUUGAAACUCCUCGCCGAUGCUGCCACUCUUCGAAAGGAGCGUACUGAUGUGGAGCUACUCCUGCUGCACAAUGCUGAAACCCUGUCAAAUAAUCUGAUUACAAUCUCCCGUGCGCUUGGCGAGGGAGAAAGUCUCGAGCGAAUACUGUCCCAGAUCUCUCCGUCCGAAUCUUCAGACGAGAUAUUUGCUCAAUCGCACCUAGCUAAAGAACUUGGAUUCCCACCUGGCGCAGAGGGCCUCGUUGUUAACGGAAGGGCAGUUGGCCCCAUCGAAAAAGACUCCCCGUUGAGUGUCAGCGAACUGGGCCAAUUGAUUGACUAUGAAAGGGUCAAACGCCUCGACUUCGUUGCCCAGGCCGUCGCCGAACUUGGGUUGGAUACCAAGAUAUCGAGUACUCUCGAUUUCGCCAAACUGACGUCGCUCGUAGCCCUUUCCACCAUUUCAGAUGUCCCCGAGGGCAUCUUCGAAAAUACGCCUGAUUAUAGAAUGAGCGUGUCCGAAAAGUGGAGGACAAAACUCUCCGUCAUCACCACAUCCAACUCCGAUGACCACGCGAUUACCGUUGCUGUUUCCUUGGACCCGGCAUCUGAAGUCGCCCAGCGAUGGCUGCCCAUUCUCAAGGUUCUCUCGGAGCUUUCUGGUGUUCAGGUCAAAAUAUUCUUGAACCCGAAAGAGGAGCUCAAGGAGCUACCCGUCAAGCGAUUCUACCGCUAUGUGCUGGAAUCAGAGCCAUCGUUCACCGACAACGGGGCGCUGGCUCGCCCCCAAGCGUCUUUCACCGGUGUGCCGGUCGAGGCACUGCUGACUUUGGCCAUGGAUGUUCCUUCUUCCUGGCUGGUGGCACCCAAGGAGUCGGUAUACGACCUGGACAACAUCAAGUUGAGCUCGGUCAAAGGUACCGAUAUCGACGCCAUCUAUGCACUAGAACACAUUCUGAUCGAGGGCCACUCCCGUGAUUCUACCACCAAGGCCCCACCAAGGGGUGUUCAGCUUACCCUUGGCACAGAAAAUAGCCACUAUGUCACAGACACGAUCAUCAUGGCUAAUCUGGGAUACUUCCAAUUCAAGGCCCAACCGGGCUUGUGGCAAAUCAAUCUGAAGCCCGGCCGCAGCGAGAAACUCUUCAAUAUCGAUAGCGUGGGUGCUUUAGGGUACCGCCCGCAGACGGGCGAUGAGAACAAGGAGGUUGCUCUGCUGUCCUUCCACGGCCGGACGUUGUUCCCCCGCCUCUCACGCAAGCUGGGAUACGAGGAAGAGGAUGUCCUGGAGACAGGAAUCCAGCCAGGCUCAGCGACGGAGUAUCUCGCCAAAGGACUCAACUUUGCAUCGGGCGUUUUGUCCAGCGUCGGCGUCGGCUCCAAGUCUGGGGAGCACGCAGACAUCAACAUCUUCUCGGUGGCCAGCGGACACCUCUACGAGCGCAUGCUCAACAUUAUGAUGGUCUCGGUCAUGCGCCACACCAAGCACACCGUCAAAUUCUGGUUCAUUGAGCAAUUCCUCUCCCCCUCCUUCCGCGCCUUCCUCCCCUCCCUCGCCCAGGAAUACGGCUUUUCCUACGAGAUGGUAACCUACAAAUGGCCGCACUGGCUCCGCGCCCAGAAAGAAAAACAACGCGAGAUCUGGGGUUACAAGAUUCUGUUCCUGGACGUGCUCUUCCCUCUUUCUCUGGACAAGGUCAUCUUUGUAGACGCAGACCAGAUCGUCCGCACAGACAUGUACGAUCUGGUCACCCACGACCUCCAAGGAGCACCCUACGGCUUCACCCCGAUGGGCGACUCCCGCACCGAAAUGGAGGGCUUCCGCUUCUGGAAACAAGGCUACUGGUCGACCUUCCUCCGCGGCAAGCCCUACCACAUCUCGGCCUUGUACGUGGUCGACCUGAAACGGUUCCGCGAACUUGCCGCUGGCGACCGUCUUCGUGGACAGUACCAAAUGCUCUCGUCAGACCCCAACAGUCUCAGCAACCUCGACCAAGAUCUGCCCAACCACAUGCAGCACCAUAUCCCCAUCCACAGUCUGCCGCAGGAGUGGCUGUGGUGUGAGACGUGGUGUGCGGAUGAGGACCUGGGCCAAGCGAAGACGAUCGAUCUGUGCAACAACCCUCUUACCAAGGAGCCUAAAUUGGACAGGGCAAGGAGACAGGUUCCCGAGUGGACGGUUUAUGAUGAUGAGAUUGCUGCUUUGGCUAGUCGGGUCGCAGGCGAGCAGGCCGUUGUUGAUUCUGACAGGAAAGAUGAGCUCUAG